UUUCUCGGUUAUUAUAUACUUUCCAGGCUGUUUCCAGCAGCUUAUCCAAAUCACGCAAUUCAGCACCCUCUAAUUUCUGCAACUUCUUCCUGAUAUCAUCCUGAGAUUGCCCUAGGAAAAUUAGAGCCAGCUGAGCCUUAGCCUGUUCCGUUUCCACAUCAAGAUCCGUAUAUUUCCUGGCCACUUCUUUAAGUCGCUCCAAAAACACGGACGGAGAUUCUGUCUUUUCCUGUCUGACAUUAUAUAACUUUGACCAAUUUAUUGUUCUUGGCAUAGCAUUCUGUACCCCAACCACUAUCCAAUCCUGGUAUCUCUUCAGACGACUCAUCCCUACCACGGUAUUAUAAUCCCACAUAGGAUCCUCCAUAGGGAAAUUCUGAUCGACCGUCCCGGUGACGACACCCUGCCUGAUAUCCUCCCUAACUCGUUCUCGCGCUGUCCUUAGCACCAUCUCUUUUUCUGUAGAGUCCAUCAGGGUAUCCAGCAAUACUUGUAUAUCAUCCCAGUCAGGAUUCUGGGUUUUCAAGAUCAUUUUUACCACCCUAGCCACCUUACUUGGAUUUUCUCGAUAAGCCCCAGCAGAUUGUUUCCAAAGCACCAAAUCUCCCGGGGAAAAAGGAACUUUAACAUACACAGGUCCCUCUGCUCCUACUCCCUGACGGAGCGGCGCCAAUAAUGCACUGGACGUUUGAAUCCUUGCCUCUUUACCCUGCAUAUCUCGCUGUCGGGUCCGAUGUGAAACUGGGGUGACGGGAUAUUCCCGUUCUUUUCUACAUUCACAUCCUUUAUCUACUUCUAGAUUCUCGUCAUCACUGUCAUCCCUUACUUUCCUGCUUCUUAAAGCAGGUGGGACUGACGGGGCUGGUGGGGCUAUCAACAAAUCAGAAUCAUCAUCAUCUUUCUGAUGUCGCAAAACAUUAUUCACAGCCAUGCAUCCCAUACAUUUCUUCUCACCCACACAGCCUUUACAUUGCUCACUCGAUUUUGUAUUAACAACCAUUAUUCCACACGCCUUUCUCCAUUCAUCAUUGUCCCUUAACAUAAAGAACAGUUCCACAUAUGGGACCUCGUCCCACUUUCCUUCCCGUUUGCAAAAUGACAUUAAUUGCAUAAUCGUAUCAUAGUCUAAAGUUCCAUUCUCCGGCCAGUGGACUUGAUCCUCUAAUUUAUAUUGCGUCCACCACACAUUACAGUAAUCAAUUAAUUUCCCUUUUUGCAUCCCUUGUCCAAACCGCCCCUCCUUCCAGUGACUCAAAAUACACCCUAACGGCGACGACUUUGGUAUUGAUGACAUUCCAAGCUUAUUUCAAUACAGGCUAAUACAGACAAAUUCAAUUUCAAAAUAUGAAAGUAUACCAAAUACUUUACCAGACCAUGAAAGUAUACCAAAUACUUUACCAGACCACUGUUUGCCUGAACCUGCAGGCUAUAUACCGAAUAAUUUACCAGACCAGACCACUGUUGCCGAACCUGCAGGGCUUUCGCCACUGUCUGACGGACGGCGCCUAGGCUUCCCUUGGAGCUCCGUAGCCCAACCACGCACAGCUUUCGCCGUGUCUAACAGGCAGGCUUUUACCAGACCAGGAAAUGGUACCAAUACCAAAUAAUAAAGCACCGUCUCUUACCAAUGCUGUUGGUCCGUCGAGAGCACCGGAGGUCGGUCGCGGUCGAUGGCUCCCCGAGAAUCACUCGGUGCCGGCUGGAGCUGGAUCGAUGCGCAAGCCGCCUCAGCAAUGCCCGCGAGGUCCCAUCUGGGUCGCCAAAACUGUUAGCCGAGAGAAGAACACAUAACCACUCUAAGGAGGUUAUAUGUGGUGCUUUAUUCCGAGGCCCCGGGAACCAGGGGUACCCACCCAAAUCUGGUUCCGAAGACCGUUACAACGUGCUCACAAUUUAUCCUGUAAAGUAUUACAUAUGCAUCACCUUUCCCACUAUGCUGAUACAUAUUCAUGACCUAUCCCCGCUUCGUAUUAUAAUGAGUACAAAAGUCAUUUCCAUAUGUUCUGCGCUUGCGCAGUGCCUCCUGGUGGUCGUGGGCAGGGGUCUCAAGAUGAAGUAAGUAGUCUUCCUCAGAUGAAGUAAGACGUCUUCCUCGCUGUGUACUUUUCACCUUUUGAGUCCUGGAUAGGUUCCAACGAUGAUGCUUUCACCAGCAUUCUUCUUAUCUCUUUCUGACUGGUACUGGUAUGCAUCUUCGUUUCUUAUCUUAAAGGUUCUGCUUUGAAGUAACCUGGGGAGUACUGCUUCGCCUGGGGAGUACUGCUUCGCUUGGAUAGUCUCAUAUAUUUAUCUCCACAUCCUAGUUACCAAACUUUCCAGUAGCCUUGAGUGCAGACACCCAGCUCGGCCAAGGUCUGUCUUUGCUGUCAGGACUUUUUAUGCGGUACUAAAAAAACUCAGCAAGUUUCAAACUGUUAGCAACAGGCUUAACGGAACAUAAAUCAAGCAACUCACAAGUCUAAUUACUCUAUAUAUCUAACACCUUGGCCAUUUCCGCCGCUCUCCACUGAGGCGCCCAUCAGUGUCCCGCCAGCAGGGCAGGCCAGGCCAGGCCAGCGCUAGCCCCGGGCACGUUUGCUUGGAGAGCACCCGUGUACCUGCAGACGCGCGGCAGAGACCUCCCGCCGCUCCGGCGACCCCGGCGCCUUCCCGCGCUGCGCCCGGCCUCGCCUCAGGCGGCGGCGGGGCACAGGCGGCGGGAGGGGGCGGAGCGCCUCUGACGAGCAGGAGGAGGCGGGCGCCCCUUCCCCCAACCGCUUCGGCUCUGAGCGUCCCCCGCCGCCUCCCCGCCACCGGGCACGGCUGUACAGCGGCCGGCGACCUCCUUCACCCUUCGCGGGCCGGGCUGCCGUUCCUCACGUCUCCGCGCCUCGCCAGCCGCCCCGCCGCACCGCCCCCGGGGUCGCCCCCUCCCGCCCUUUCCUUCCACUGACGCAGUCUUUGCCGCACCAGCUCUAACAUGGCGGCGAGGCGCUGAGGAGCGCGGGGCGACGCGGGCCGCGAGCGGGAGUUUUUGAAGGAAGAAGGGAGCUGAUCUCUCAGGAUUGCCCUGCAUAGCACAUUUUUGUGUUAUUUAAACUUUUGAAGCCAUGGGAGUAAAGGUCCAGAGACCUCGUUGCUUUUUUGACAUAGCCAUCAACAAUGUACCUGCUGGAAGAGUGGUCUUUGAACUGUUUUCAGAUGUGUGUCCAAAGACAUGUGAAAAUUUUCGCUGCCUUUGCACAGGUGAAAAGGGUACAGGAAAAUCCACCCAAAAGCCAUUGCAUUAUAAAAGUUGUCUGUUUCACAGGGUUGUGAAAGAUUUUAUGAUCCAAGGAGGUGACUUCAGUGAAGGAAAUGGCAGGGGAGGAGAAUCCAUCUACGGUGGCUUUUUUGAAGAUGAAAGCUUUGCUGUAAAGCACAACAAAGAAUUUCUUCUUUCAAUGGCCAACCGAGGGAAAGAUACAAAUGGUUCACAGUUCUUUAUAACAACUAAACCUACACCUCACUUAGAUGGACAUCAUGUUGUUUUUGGACAAGUCAUCUCAGGUCAAGAAGUUGUGAGAGAAAUAGAAAACCAGAAAACAGAUGCAUCUAGUAAACCAUAUGCUGAAGUACGCAUACUGAGUUGUGGAGAGUUAAUCCCAAAAUCCAAAGCCAAGAAAGAUGAAAAGAAAAGGCACAAGUCAUCUUCCUCAUCUAGUGACUCGGAAAGUUCAAGUGAUUCAGAAUCAUCUUCUGAUUCAUCAUCGGAUUCUGAGAGUGCUUCAGAAGAGAAGUCUAAAAAACGAAAAAAGAAACAAAAGAAAAAUUCCAAGAAACAUAAGAAAGAAAAGAAAAAGAGAAAGAAAAGCAAGAAAAGCUCUUCCAGUGAAAGUGAAGAUGAAAAUGCUGAAGCACAACCAGUGUCUACUGUCCGUCCUGAAGAAAUUCCUCCCGUACCUGAAAACCGGUUCCUGAUGAGGAAAAGUCCUCCUAAAGCAGAUGAGAAAGAAAAAGAGAGGAAAAGCAGAGAGAAGGAAAGGGAAAGUAAUCUAUCGAAUUCACAGUCAACAUACCAGAGGAGGCUGUUAGUGACCAGAUCUGGACGGAAAAUAAAAGGAAGAGGACCAAGGCGUUACCGGACACCUUCCAGGUCCAGGUCAAGAGAUCGAUUCCGACGCAGUGAAACUCCUCCACAUUGGAGGCAAGAAAUGCAAAGAGCUCAAAGAAUGAGAGUAUCUAGUGGAGAAAGAUGGAUAAAAGGGGACAAGAGUGAAAUAAAUGAAAACAGAAAAGAUAAUCAAAAAAGCCCAGGAAGAGGAAAAGAGAGAAAAAUAUCAGACCACAGACAAGUUUCUGAAAGCCCAAGCAGAAGAGGGGAAAGAGAGAAGAAAAAAGAUCACAAAUCCAGCAGUAAAGACAGGGAGACAAGAAGGAAUUCAGAAAAAGAUGACAAACAUAACAAAAGCAAGGCCAAGAAAAGAGCUAAAUCUAGAAGCCAUAGUAAAAGCCGAGAGAAAUCAAAAAGUAAAGAAAGAGACUCUAAGCACAGUAGGCAUGAUGAAAAGAGAGCAAGAUCAAGAAGCAAAGAGAGAGACCAUGAGAAAGGUAGAGAAAAACGCUAUGAUUCUAGAGGGAGGGAUAAAGAAAGAAGUAGGAGCAAGGAGAGAAGUAAAAGGGCAGGCUCACGAAGUAAUGAACAAGACCAUAGGAAGAGUAAAGACAGGGAGAAACGUAGAUCAAGAAGCAGAGAGCGUGAGCAUGCUAGAGGAAAACAUAGUUCCAGCAGUAGAACAAGGGAUCGAAGCAAAAGCCGAGAUAGGGGUAGGAGAGGAAGAUCAAGAAGCAGAGACAGAGAUCGCAGCAGAAGUAAAGACUAUUCAAGGAAUAGAGAUAGAGAAACGAGAAGAAGAGGAAGAUCAAGAAGCAGAGAAAGGAGAGGUACACCAGAUAGAUACAGAGGAAGAGAAAAUAGGAGGAGGAGAGAAUCAAGGAGCUCAGAGAGAGAGGAAAGUCAAAGCAGAAACAGGGAGAGGUACUCAAAUAGAGAAAGUAGAAGCUCAUAUAAGAGGAAUGAUUCUGAAAGCCAAAGGAAGAGGCGUUCAAAAAGCCGUGAAAGUAGCAGUCCUGAAUCCAGUAAAGAUAAGAAGUCUAGUAGAGAUCAGGAUAGAAGUCCAGACUCAAAAAAGAGACCAAGUAGCAAAGAGAGAGAAUCAAAAAGGUCAUAUUCACGCAGCAGUAAAGAAAAGGAAAAAACCAGAUCCUCAGCAGAAAAAGAAAUAAACCAAAAAUCAAAGAGUCAGGAAAGAGAUCAUGCCCCUAGUAAGGAUAAAAAGUCUGACCACGAAACAAGUCCUGGAACAGACGACGACAGGCACGGAUGAGUUUGUGGACUUAAUGUUUCCAUUGUCUCAAAGUUUUAGAGACAUUUUGGGGAACGCCUUUUUUUAAGAUGUGGACUUCAGUUUGGUCUUUUGAUAAUCUAAAACCUGGAUCAUUUGUACUGCUAAAGUUUUAAUAAACUUGAAAUGAAAAACGA